GCUAGUGGAUCUGUUUGUAGGGGCCCCUCUGUUCAUGGAGCGUGGCAGUGAUGGGAAGCUGCGGGAGGUGGGCCAGGUGUCUGUGUUCCUGGGGAAGGGAGGGUUCUCCUUCCACUCCCCCGUCACACUGAGCGGGACGGAGAUCUACUCACGCUUCGGCAGUUCUAUAGCCACACUGGGAGACCUGGAUAUGGACGGCUUCAACGGUACGUAUGAGGUGUUAAUAUUUUAGUCAUUUUAGCAGACGCUCUUAUCCAGAGCGACUUACAGGAGCAAUUAGGGUUAAGUGCCUUGCUUAAGGGCACAUCGGCAGAUUUUUCACCUAGUCGGCUCGGGGAUUAGAACCAGCGACCUUUCGGUUACUGGCACAAUGCUCUUACCCACUAAGCUACCUGCCGCCGGUAUGAGGCCUUAACAGUAUGUAUGAGGCCUUAACAGUAUGAUGCCUUAACAGUAUGAGGCCUUAACAGUAUGAGGCCUUAACAGUAUGAGGCCUUAACAGUAUGAGGCCUUAACAGUAUGAGGCCUUAACAGUAUGAGGCCUUCACCGUAUAUAUGAGGCCUUAACGAUAUGUAUGAGGCUUUAACAGUAUGAGGCCUUAACGGUACGUAUCAAAUCAAUGCAAAUAGUCCGGGUAGCCAUGAUUAGCUGUUCUGGAGUCUUAUGGCUUGGGGGUAGAAGCUGUUUAGAAGCCUUUUGGACCUAGACUUGGCGCUCCGGUACCGCUUGCCGUGCGAUAGCAGAGAGAACAGUCUAUGACUAGGGUGGCUGGAGUCUUUGACCAUUUUUAGGGCCUUUCUCUGACACUGCCUGGUAUAGAGGUCCUGGAUGGCAGGGAGCUCGGCCCCAGUGAAAUACUGGGCCGUACGCACUACCCUCUGUAGUGCCUUGCUGUAGUGCCUAUGAGGCCUUAACUGUAUGAGCCCUUGGAGACAACUACAGGUUGCCUGGUUGUUCUGCAAAAUAACAUAAACUUUCCGAAAGUUCCCAGGUUUUUUAUAGAAAUCUCGGUUGGACAACUCCCGGAUUCAGGAGGAAAGAAGCGUGUCCUCCAACUGGGAAUGCUCAAACCAGGAUUUCUGGCCCCUUUAAGAUUGCUUUGGGCCUUUUGGGGUGAAAGUUACCACACACUAGUCAGGGAGAUCCUCUGGUUUGAAGACAAUGACCAUACCAUCAUUAAGGGUUGUUGAUGAUCUCCCUCUUCCUGUAAUGUUUCUCUGUUCCAGACAUUGCCAUAGCUGCACCCUACGGCGGGCCGAAGCACCAAGGCCUAGUGUACAUCCACAAUGGGAGGGCGGCAGGGCCUGACCCAGUUCCUUCCCAGGUCCUAGAGGGGAGGUGGGCCUCCUCUUACAUGCCCCCCAGCUUUGGAUACUCCCUACACGGAGCCACCGAUAUUGACCAGAAUGGAUACCCAGGUAGUUUCAUACUAGAAUGGAUACCUAGUUACUUUCAUACUAGAUCAUAUACCCAGGUAUUUUCAUACUAGAAUGGAUACCUAGUUACUUUCAUACUAGAUCAUAUACCCAGGUAUUUUCAUACUUGAAUGGAUACCCAGGUAGUUUCAUACUAGAAUGGAUACCUAGUUACUUUCAUACUAGAUCAUAUACUCAGGUAUUUUCAUACUAGAAUGGAUACCCAGGUAGUUUGAUACUAGAAUGGAUACCUAGUUACUUUCAUACUAGAUCAUAUACUCAGGUAUUUUCAUACUAGAAUGGAUACCCAGGUAGUUUGAUACUAGAAUGGAUACCUAGUUACUUUCAUAAUAGAUCAUAUACUCAGGUAUUUUCAUACUAGAAUGGAUACCCAGGUAGUUUGAUACUAGAUGGAUACCCAGACUUAGUUACGGGAGGUUGGAGUGUUGUUGAAAAACGUGAGUUCUGUUCUGCUAGUAUUUUCCUGGGUUUGUGGUUACUGAAUGCUUACAGAUUGGCCCUUACUUAGCUUGACUGUGGCUAUUACAGAGCUUGUUGCUUGGUAACCCUGCUGCCAUUGUACUGAUGUUUUUCUCUCCCCUCUCCCCCUUCUUUGCCCUCUCUCUCUCUUCUCUACCUCUCUCUCUCUCCCCUUCUCUACCUCUCUCUCCUCUCCCCCUUCUCUACCCUCUCUCUCUCUCUCUCUCUCUCCUCUCUCUCUCGCCUUCUCUCUCUCGUCUCUCUCCCUUCGCUCUCUCUUCUCUCAUCCCCUUCUCUCUCCUCCUCCUUCUCGUCUCUCCAUCUCCUCCUCGCGUCUCUCGUCUCUCUCGUCCUCCUCUACCUCCUCUCUCACCCUUCGCCCACCUCUCUCAUCUCUUCUCUCUCUCUCUCUCCCUUCUCUACCUCCUAUUCUCUCUCUCUGUUUUUCGCUGUCUCUCCACCACCGACGUAAUAGUCGGGGGUGUAUUGGGUGGCAGACAAAGGCCGUUCUUAUAACAGGUACAGUAGUGGUGCAGACCAAGCCUUCUAUACAGUUACAGUAGUGGUGCAUGACAAAGCCGGUUCUAUACAGUGACAGUAGUGGUGCAGACAACGCCGUGCUAUACAGGUGCAGUAAGUGUGGUUGCAGACAAAGCCGUUCUAUAGUGGUGCAGAUAAAGCCGUUCUAUACAGGUACAGUAGUGGUGCAGACAAAGCCGUUCUAUACAGGUGCAGUAGUGGUGCAGACAAAGCCGUUCUAUAGUGGUGCAGACAAAGCCGCUCUAUACAGGUACAGUAGUGGUGCAGACAAAGCCGUUCUAUAGUGGUGCAGACAAAGCCGUUCUAUACAGGUACAGUAGUGGUGCAGACAAAGCCGUUCUAUACAGGUGCAGUAGUGGUGCAGACAAAGCCGUUCUAUACAGGUACAGUAGUGGUGCAGACAAAGCCGUUCUAUACAGGUGCAGUAGUGGUGCAGACAAAGCCGUUCUAUACAGGUACAGUAGUGGUGCAGACAAAGCCGUUCUAUACAGGUACAGUAGUGGUGCAGACAAAGCCGUUCUAUACAGGUACAGUAGUGGUGCAGACAAAGCCGUUCUAUACAGGUACAGUAGUGGUGCAGACAAAGCCGUUCUAUACAGGUGCAGUAGUGGUGCAGACAAAGCCGUUCUAUACAGGUACAGUAGUGGUGCAGACAAAGCCAUUCUAUACAGGUGCAGACAAAGCCGUUCUAUACAGGUACAGUAGUGGUGCAGACAAAGCCGUUCUAUACAGGUGCAGACAAAGCCGUUCUAUACAGGUGCAGUAGUGGUGCAGACAAAGCCGUUCUAUACAGGUACAGUAGUGGUGCAGACAAAGCCGUUCUAUACAGGUGCAGUAGUGGUGCAGACAAAGCCGUUCUAUACAGGUGCAGUAGUGGUGCAGACAAAGCCAUUCUAUACAGGUGCAGACAAAGCCGUUCUAUACAGGUACAGUAGUGGUGCAGACAAAGCCGUUCUAUACAGGUGCAGACAAAGCCGUUCUAUACAGGUGCAGUAGUGGUGCAGACAAAGCCGUUCUAUACAGGUACAGUAGUGGUGCAGACAAAGCCGUUCUAUACAGGUACAGUAGUGGUGCAGACAAAGCCGUUCUAUACAGGUACAGUAGUGGUGCAGACAAAGCCGUUCUGUACAGGUACAGUAGUGGUGCAGACAAAGCCGUUCUAUACAGGUACAGUAGUGGUGCAGACAAAGCCGUUCUAUACAGGUACAGUAGUGGUGCAGACAAAGCCGUUCUAUACAGGUACAGUAGUGGUGCAGACAAAGCCGUUCUAUACAGGUACAGUAGUGGUGCAGACAAAGCCGUUCUAUACAGGUACAGUAGUGGUGCAGACAAAGCCGUUCUAUACAGGUGCAGUAGUGGUGCAGACAAAGCCGUUCUAUACAGGUACAGUAGUGGUGCAGACAAAGCCGUUCUAUACAGGUACAGUAGUGGUGCAGACAAAGCCGUUCUAUACAGGUACAGUAGUGGUGCAGACAAAGCCGUUCUAUACAGGUACAGUAGUGGUGCAGACAAAGCCGUUCUAUACAGGUACAGUAGUGGUGCAGACAAAGCCGUUCUAUACAGGUACAGUAGUGGUGCAGACAAAGCCGUUCUAUAGUGGUGCAGUAGUGGUGCAGACAAAGCCGUUCUAUACAGGUGCAGACAAAGCCGUUCUACACAGGUACAGUAGUGGUGUGGUUUCCUUUCUUUGAUGUUCCACAUGCCUUCGAUGUAACGUACUUUAUGAUCCAGCCCACCUAAACCAUCCAAGGUGUUUUUGAUUAAUCUAAAGUAUCCCACAUGGUUUAUAUGCAAUUAGUGGCACAUUAAGCCUUAAUAAUGGUUUCUCAUUUAAACGUGAAUGCGUUUGGUGUACAAACUCUCAUAUUAUACAGGCGGUCCCCACAACACAGACAUAUACAGUAUAGAUUUGACAUGCCUACUGGACAACUCUAUGGUGUCAACUGGUAAAUUGAUCCGAUAGCUAAGCUCUAUUGUUGUGGUCGUGACCGAUGGGCCUUGGAUAUCAACGCUAACCCACAGAUAGAUCAGUGAGUUUAGUUCAUACUGGCUGACUGGCUGUGAGAGCAGAGCUGCGCUGCUAGAAGUCUUUCAACAAUAAGGUAUUAAGACAGCAACGCCACACGUCUGAUAUUUUCCAGUUUAGGUUGCUCUUUUAUUGAAAAAGCUUUAUCAGAGCUCCUCCCUGUGUGGUGUCAGAUGUUGACCUGUCACUGGUGAGGUCUGACCUCAACACAGUGAGACCUUAGUCUUUAUUGAAGCUCUCUGAUGUUGACUUGAGGUCCCCCUGUGCUCACUGUUCUGGUCUGACCUCUGACCCCCAGGGCCCGGCCGGUCAUCAGCGUUAACGCCACCCUGGACAUCAGCCCUCAGAUCCUCAACCCAGAGGAAAGGACCUGCAAACUGCCUGACGCUGACACUCAAGUGUCCUGGUGAGUAAUCUAAUUAGGUUUUCACUAGUUAAAUAGAGAAGAUAUGGAUGUCUGUGUGCGAUGCAUGGUCCAUAUCAGGGACUGCAUUGAUGGGGGGGGGGGUGGUUUCUUCAUUGAAUACAGUCAUGUUUAACUGUCAGACAGACUUCCUCUCUAGGGUCUGGUAACGUCAUGUUAAACUGUCAGAAAGACUUCCUCUCUGGGAACGUCAUGUUUAACUGUCAGACAGACUUCCUCUCUAGGGUCUGGUCACGUCAUGUUAAACUGUCAGAAAGACUUCCUCUCUGGGAACGUCAUGUUUAACUGUCAGACAGAAUUCCUCUCUAGGGUCUGGUAACGUCAUGUUUAACUGUCAGACAGAAUUCCUCUCUAGGGUCUGGUAACGUCAUGUUUAACUGUCAGACAGACAGAGCUGAUGUAAGAACAUGCAACAUGUUUAUCUAGUUACCGUUUGGUGCUGUAUGCUUGUUCUGAGAACUGUAGAGAACUCUAUAGCCUGUGCUUUAGAGUUGAAUCUGAUUCGUUUUCAGUGUUUUGAGAACUGUAGAGAACUCUAUAGCCUGUGCUUUAGAGUUGAAUCUGAUUCGUUUUCAGUGUUUUGAGAACUGUAGAGAACUCUAUAGCCUGUGCUUUAGAGUUGAAUCUGAUUCGUUUUCAGUGUUUUGAGAACUGUAGAGAACACAAUAGCCUGUGCUUUAGAGUUGAAUCUGAUUCGUUUUCAGUGUUUUUUGGUCACAUUUUGUUUUGUCUCCCCUCAGUUUCAAAGUGAAGUACUGUCUUAAGGCGAGUGGGAGAGGCGCACCAGCCUCACUGAGUAAGUAUCUGAAGGAUAUCUACUACCACCCUACACUACGUUGCAUCCCUACGGGGCGUCGCUUCUCAACAAACACUACUCUGAGAUGAAGUGUUACAGCGUUUGCCCCCUAUCCUGUCGACAAGCUGUGCUCUCAGAGAACUCCUGUUAGAUCAAAAAACACAGCUAUCUGACUGGCCAUCUACUUCUUAUGUCCCAAACGGCACCCUAUUCCCUACGUAGUGCACUACUUUUGACCAGAGCCCUAUGAACCCUGGUCAAAAGUAGUGCACUAUAAAGGGAAUAGGGUGCCACGUAGGAUGCAUAAAGUAGCUACAGCACCACAGCUCACUUCUGAGUCUCUGUAUAGACAUCCUGUCUGGCUGUACCCAGCCUGUUACCCAGCCAGUUACCCAGCCUGUUACCCAGCCUGUUAGAUUAUAGCUUCAGGCUAGCAGAGCAGCCUGUUAGAGUAUAGCUUCGGGCUAGCAGAGCAGCCUGUUAGAGUAUAGCUUCAGGCUAGCAGUGCAGCCUGUUAGAGUAUAGCUUCAGGCUAGCAGUGCAGCCUGUUAGAGUAUAGCUUCAGGCUAGCAGAGCAGCCUGUUAGAGUAUAGCUUCAGGCUAGCAGAGCAGCCUGUUAGAGUAUAGCUUCAGGCUAGCAGAGCAGCCUGUUAGAGUAUAGCUUCAGGCUAGCAGAGCAGCCUGUUAGAGUAUGCUUCAGGCUAGCAGAGCAGCCUGUUAGAGUAUAGCUUCAGCUAGCAGAGCAGCCUGUUAGAGUAUAGCUUCAGGCUAGCAGAGCAGCCUGUUAGAUUAUAGCUUCAGGCUAGCAGAGCAGCCUGUUAGAGUAUAGCUUCAGGCUAGCAGAGCAGCCUGUUAGAGUAUAGCUUCAGGCUAGCAGAGCAGCCUGUUAGAUUAUAGCUUCAGGCUAGCGAGCAGCCUGUUAGAGUAUAGCUUCAGGCUAGCAGAGCAGCCUGUUAGAUUAUAGCUUCAGGCUAGCAGAGCAGCCUGUUAGAUUAUAGCUUCAGGCUAGCAGAGCAGCCUGUUAGAGCAGUGGUCACCAAACUACGGCCCGCGGGCCGAAUACGGCCCGUCAGCACAUUUGGCCCGGCCCUCUGAACAAUACCAGAGACGCUAUCGGAUUUUUUUCCUAUUUGGCCUCCAGAAAAAAAAUCCUAGGCCCGGCCCUGUCAAAGAGAGAACGGAAUAAUGGCGAAAAGGUUAGGUAAGAGAAAAAUUGACAAGUACGAUAGCUUGCAAGGCCAAAUACGAGCAGACAAACUCUCAAAGCUAAAAAGUGGACUACUAUCUCAGCAGAAUACAUUUGUACGCCAAGCUCAGCUGAACCAGGCAUCCGUUCGGGCCAGCUUUCGGGUUGCUAAACUGAUAGCAAGCAGCGGUAAGCCUUUCACUGACGGAGAGUUUGUUAAGAAAUGUAUGGAUGCUGUCGCGGAGGAGGUGUGUCCCGAGAAGAAAGAUGCAUUUAAUGCCGUAAGUCUGUCGGCGAGUACAAUCACCAGACGCGUUGAAGAAAUCGGGAGUAAUGUAUAUGCCCAGCUGCAGCAGAAGACGAAAGAAUUUGACCUUUUUUCAUUAGCACUGGAUGAGAGCACGGACGUGCAAGACACAGCGCAACUGCUCAUUUUUAUUCGUGGAGUUAGCGCAAACUUUGAGAUAUGCGAGGAGCUGGCAGCCCUCCAAAGUCUCAAAGGGACUACAACGGGAGAGGAUAUUUUUGACAAAGUGUGCCAAACCAUGGAGAAGUUGGACCUGGACUGGUCAAAGCUAGCUAGCAUCACGACUGACGGGGCUCCUAGCAUGGUGGGCGAAACUCGCGGUCUAAUAGGACGCAUGAACCGGGAGUUGGAAAAAAGGGGUCUCACCGCCCCGCUACGAGUCCACUGCCUAAUUCACCAGCAAGCACUGUGCUGCAAAGUGUUGACGUGGGAUUCUGUAAUGAAGGUUGUGGUGUCGUGCAUAAACUUCAUCAGAGCAAAGGGACUUAAACACAGGCAGUUCCAAGAAUUCCUGUCUGAACUGGAGUCUACGCACGGAGAUGUGCUGUACUACACAGAGGUCCGAUGGCUGAGCCGGGGCAGAGUUUUUGAGGCGUUUUUACGAGCUGCUACCCGAAAUUAACGCAUUUCUUCAUUUAAAAGACAAAACGGUCCCAGAGCUGAUCGACCCAGAAUGGAAAUGGCACCUCGCAUUUUUAACAGACGUGACAGAAAUACUUAACAGCCUUAACUUGCAGCUACAAGGCGAGGGGAAACUCAUUUGCGACAUGUAUUCACACAUAAAAGCAUUUGAGGUGAAAUUAGCGCUGCUUUUGGAACAAGUGAAAAAGCGCAACUUCGUCCAUCUUCCUGCUACCCAAAACCUGUCGACAGAGAACCCAGCGGUCCCGUUCCCAGCUGAAAAGUGCGUGGAAGCACUGGAAAUGCUGAAGGCGGAGUUCGGUGUGCGAUUCAGUGAACUACAUGUUCAUGCAAAAGAAAUCCGUCUUUUUCAGAACCCCUUUGUUGCCGACAUUGAUGAAGCCCAGCCUUCAUAUCAGUUUGAGUUGGCUGAGUUACAGAACUGUGAUGUUCUGAAAGACGCAUUCAAGCCCAACAGUCUCAUUGACUUCUAUGCCGCCCUCCCAAACGACACAUAUCCAAACAUCAAAAAACACGCAAUGAAAAUGUCCACAGUUUUUGGCAGCACGUAUAUCUGCGAGAAAACCUUUUCUCGCAUGAAACUGCUGAAAACUCCGAUGAGAUCAAGAUUGACAGAUGAACAUUUGCAUCAGUGCUUGAGACUGGCUGUAACUAGAAUGGAACCUGAUAUUCAACUUCUCACCAGCCAGAUGCAGGCCCACAGUUCACACUGAUGAACAUACAUAGGUAAGCUCACUUUUCUGACUUGAAUGAGUCAUUCUGAGCAUAAACAAAUAUAAUCAUAAUAAAAUCUACUGGGAUAAAAUCCAUCUUUACAACCAUACUGGUAGUGAAAUGUAUUGUGCUGUGUAGGUGCUGUAUCACUUAGUUCAGUUUCUCAACCUGCUUCCUUUGUGGUUUUCACAGGGAAGUUGAUGAGAGAGAGCUGCAAACAGCGGUGUCUACAAGCCUACUGGAACCUACAAAAGGAUUAUAAGGAAGGAACACAAGAACUUUAAGAGACUGCUCAUAUGUGUCAGAGAGAUUCUGCUCUGACAACUGAGCUGAACUUUUAUCUGUUAAGAUUGUGCAUGGCACAACAGAAAGUUAAUGUUCCAUGGCUUUUUUUUCUAUGAAGAACCCAGAGAGAGUUAUUUAGUUAUUAUUUAUUUCAUAAAUAGUGUUAUUUAUUUCCUGUUUUUUCUGUGAAGAACUCAGAGAGGGUUAUUUAGUUAUUAUUUAUUUCAUUAAUAGUGUUAUUAUUUGUUUCCUGACUUUUUUUCUGUAAAGAACCUGGAAAGGGUUAUUUGGUUAUGUGUGGCUUUCUGGAAAACAAUAAAUUUUUUAAGCUCCCCUACGAUCGUCACACUUUUUCUGUUACAAACUGACACCGGCCCCCCAUCAGAGAAGGGAAAAGUUAUGUGGCCCUCACAGGAAAAAGUUUGGGGACCCCUGUGUUAGAUUAUAGCUUCAGGCUAGCAGAGCAGCCUGUUAGAUUAGAGCUUCAGGCUAGCAGAGCAGCCUGUUAGAUUAUAGCUUCAGGCUAGCAGAGCAGCCUGUUAGAGUAUAGCUUCAGGCUAGCAGAGCAGCCUGUUAGAGUAUAGCUUCAGGCUAGCAGAGCAGCCUGUUAGAUUAUAGCUUCAGGCUAGCAGAGCAGCCUGUUAGAUUAUAGCUUCAGGCUAGCAGAGCAGCCUGUUAGAGCAUAGCUUCAGGCUAGCAGUGCAGCCUGUUAGAUUAUAGCUUCAGGCUAGCAGAGCAGCCUGUUAGAUUAUAGCUUCAGGCUAGCGGUGCAGCCUGUUAGAUUAUAGCUUCAGGCUAGCAGAGCAGCCUGUUAGAGUAGAGCUUCAGGCUAGCAGAGCAGCCUGUUAGAGUAUAGCUUCAGGCUAGCAGAGCAGCCUGUUAGAGUAUAGCUUCGGGCUAGCAGAGCAGCCUGUUAAAGCAUAGCUUCAGGCUAGCAGAGCAGCCUGUUAGAUUAUAGCUUCGGGCUAGCAGAGUGAGCUCAGCUCAGUUCCCAUUAAGACAGCCUGCUGGUUUUGAAUGGCCUCCAUCCGGCCUUACAUCAGUUACAUGCCACCAUGCUCUGCCAGCCUGUCUGUCUCUGUGUGUGUGUUAUGGCUCCCAGACCUGGGUUUUGCAACGGAAAUGAAAACAGGCAUUUAUUAUUGAACAAGUUCAGGUUGUCCCUCCCUAUUUCAGUCAGUUUUUGGUCCGUCUGGGGCCUAAUUAAUAGGACCCAGUGCUGCAUGGGAGACCGCAGACGACGCCCCCAAUUCAUUAUUUCUCUCUGGGCCUUUGAACUUCUCCGCUCAUGUCCCCUUGACUCCCCUCUAAUGGGUUUCAGGAAACUAGAAAUGUCUUAUUCUAAUAGCUACUGUUGCAUGAAGCUAGAGGGACAGAUAGCUGUGUUUUGUGGUUUAAAAGGAGAAGCUAGAGGGACAGAUAGCUGUGUUUUAUGGUCUAAAAGGAGAAGCUAGAGGGACAGAUAGCUGUGUUUUAUGGUCUAAAAGGAGAAGCUAGAGGGACGGAUAGCUGUGUUUUAUGGUUUAAAAGGAGAAGCUAGAGGGACAGAUAGCUGUGUUUUAUGGUCUAAAAGGAGAAGCUAGAGGGACGGAUAGCUGUGUUUUAUGGUCUAAAAGGAGAAGCUAGAGGGACAGAUAGCUGUGUUUUAUGGUCUAAAAGGAGAAGCUAGAGGGACAGAUAGCUGUGUUUUAUGGUCUAAAAGGAGAAGCUAGAGGGACAGAUAGCUGUGUUUUGUGGUUUAAAAGGAGAGUUCUCUGUAAGUAGCCUAUACGGCUCGCAUUUUACAUUUUUCACCGGCUUCAUUAAUAAGUGCAUCAACGACAUCGUCCCCACAGUGACCAAUGGAUUACAGGCAACAUCCGCACUGAGCUAAAGACUAGAGCUGCCACUUUCAAGGAGUGGGACACUAAGAAAUCCCGCUACGCCCUCUGACGAACCAUCAAACAGGCAAAGCAUCAAUACAGGACUAAAAUCUAAUCCUACUACACCGGCUCUGACGCUCGUCAGAUGUGGCAGGGCUUGCAAACUAUCACGGAUUACAAAGAGAAACCCAGCCGCGAGCUGCCCAGUGAUGUGAGACUACCAGACGAGAUAAAUGCCUUCUAUGCUCGCUUCGAGGCAACCAACACUGAACCAUGCAUGAGAGCACCAGCUGUUCCGGACAACUGUGUGAUCACGCUCUCCGUAGCCGAUGUGAGUAAGACCUUUAAACAGGUUAACAUUCACAAGGUUGCAGGGCCAGACGGAUUACCAGGACGCGUACUCUGAGCAUGCGCUGACCAACUGGCAAGUGUCUUCGCUGACAUUUUCAACCUCUUCCUGACCCAGUCUGUAAUACCUACAUGCUUCAAGCACACCACCAUUGUCCCUGUGCGCAAGAACACCAAGGUAACCUGUCUAAAUGGCUAUCACCCUGUAGCACUCAAAUUUGUAGCCAUGAAAGGCUUUGAAAGGCUGGUCAUGGCUCACAUCAACACCAUCAUCCCAGACACCCUGGAUCCACCCACAACCAGAAUGAACAUUUCUUUGCACUUUGCUAGUAAAAACAAAAGACAGGAACAACACACCCAGAUUCUAAUCUAAUCAAAUCGAUGUAUCUAUCCGCCACCCUUCCUUCAAAAUAACCCAGUUUCCCUGUAACAGUAAAUCCAUAGCACUUCCAGUGCAAUAGAACAUAUACAAAUUCAUAGCUCUUCAUGAAGUCUUGAAACAUGACCAUUUAAUUCACAGUAACAUUCAUUUAGUUGAUUUCACGUUUUCAUCUGUCUUUACAACUCCAACGGUGUCCAUGCUCCCAGGGUUCUAUGGGAAUGUCCCUAACCAGAGAAAACUAUAGAUAAGAUAUGUUUGAGUCCUGUGAUAGCCCACAAAUGGUCAGCCAUCCAAACAAUGUCAUAAAUGGUGAUUGAGCCAUCACGCUGGGCCUUGGCGCCUGCAAGUCUCCAGUCACCAGUAUCACCUUCUCUCAUUCUUCCACUACACUCCCAGGUGGUGAGGGUAGGCAACAACACAUCCACCACGCUUAACCUCAACACGGGGGCCCCUCAGGGGUGCGUGCUUAGUCCCGUCCUGUACUCCCUGUAUACCCAUGACUGCGAGGCCAAGCACGACUCCAACACCAUCAUUAAGUUUGCCGACGAUACAAGGGUGGUAGGCCUGAUCACCAACGACAAUGAGACAGUCUAUAGGGAGGAGGUCAGAGACCUGGCAGUGUGGUGCCAGGACCACAACCUCUUCCUCAACAUUAGUAAGACAAAGGAGCUGAUCGUGGGCUACAGGAAACGGAGGGCUGAGCACGCCCCCAUUCACAUCGACAGGGCUGUAGUGGAGCGGGUCGAGAGCUUCAAAUUCCUCGGUGUCCAGGAUCUAUCAUGGUCCAAACACACCAACACAGUCAUGAAGAGGGCACGACAACACCUCCUCCCCCUCAGUAGGCUGAAAAGAUUUGGCAUGGGCACUCAGAUCCUCAAAACGUUCUACAGCUGCAUCAUUGACAGCAUCUUGACUGGCUGCAUCACCGCUUGGUAUGGCAACUGCUUGGCGUCCAACCGCAAGGCGCUACAGAGGGUAGUGUGUACGGCCCAGUACAUCGCUGGGGCCGAGCUCCCUGGCAUCAAAGGAAGGCCCUAAAAAUUGUCAAAGACUCCAGCCACCCAAGUCAUAGACUGUUCUCUCUGCUACCACACGGCGAACCGUACCGAUGCACCAAGUCGGGAACCAACAGGACCCUGAACAGCUUCUAGCCCUGAGCCAUAAGACUGCUAAAUAGAUAGUUAAAUAGUUAAAGGGAUACUUCUCUGUACAGAGAGACAUAAAAAUGGUAUCCACAAGUUCAUCUGACUCUGGGGAAGUGGAUAAAGGGCCUCAUUGCCAAAAUCCUGAAGUAUCCCUUUAACCAAAUAGCUACCCGUAAUAGCUGCAUUGACCCUUUUUGCACAAACUUUUUUACUCAUCACAUACACUGCUGCUACUGUUUACUAUCUAUCCUGUUGCAUAGUCACUUUAUUCCUAUUUAUAAACUCAGCAAAAAAAGAAACGUCCCUUUUUCAGGACCCUGUCUUUCAAAGAUAAUUCGUAAAAAUCCAAAUAACUUCACAGAUCUUAAUUAUAAAAGGUUUAAACACUGUUUCCCAUGCUUGUUCAAUGAACCAUAAACAAUUAAUGAACAUGCACCUGUGGAACGGUCGUUAAGACACUAACAGCUUACAGAUGGUAGGCAAUUAAGGUCACAUUUAUGAAAACUUAGGACACUAAAGAGGCCUUUCUACUGACUCUGAAAAACACCAAAAGAAAGAUGCCCAGGGUCCCUGCUCAUCUGCGUGAACGUGCCUUAGGCAUGCUGCAAGGAGGCAUGAGGACUGCAGAUGUUGCCAGGGCAAUAAAUUGCAAUGUCCGUACUGUGAGAUGCCUAAGACAGCGGUACAGGGAGACAGGACGGACAGCUGAUCGCCCUCGCAGUGGCAGACCGCCUGCACAGGAUCGGUACAUCCGAACAUCACACCUGCGGGACAGGUACAGAAUGGCAACAACAACUGCCCGAGUUACACCAGGAACGCACAAUCCCUCCAUCAGUGCUCAGACUGUCCGCAAUAGACUGAGAGAGACUGGACUGAGGGCUUGUAGGCCUGUUGUAAGGCAGGUCCUCACCAGACAUCACCGGCAACAACGUCGCCUAUGGGCUCAAACCCACCGUCGCUGGACCAGACAGGACUGGCAAAAAGUGCUCUUCACCGACGAGUCGCGGUUUUGUCUCACCAGGGGUGAUGGUCGGAUUCGUGUUUAUCGUCGAAGGAAUGAGCUUUACACCGAGGCCUGUACUCUGGAGCGGGAUCGAUUUGGAGGUGGAGGGUCCGUCAUGGUCUGGGGCGGUGUGUCACAGCAUCAUCGGACUGAGGUUGUUGUCAUUGCAGGCAAUCUCAACGCUGUGCGUUACAGGGAAGACAUCCUCCUCCCUCAUGUGGUACCCUUCCUGCAGGCUCAUCCUGACAUGACCCUCCAGCAUGACAAUGCCACCAGCCAUACUGCUCGUUCUGUGCGUGAUUUCCUGCAAGACAGGAAUGUCAGUGUUCUGCCAUGGCCAACGAAGAGCACGGAUCUCAAUCCCAUUGAGCACUUCUGGGACCUGUUGGAUCGGAGGGUGAGGGCUAGGGCCAAUCCCCCCAGAAAUGUCUGGGAACUUGCAGGUGCCUUGGUGGAAGAGUGGGGUAACAUCUCACAGCAAGAACUGGCAAAUCUGGUGCAGUCCAUGAGAAGGAGAUUCACUGCAGUACUUAAUGCAGCUGGUGGCCACACCAGAUACUUACUGUUACUUUUGAUUUUGACCCCCCCCCCCCCCCCUUUGUUCAGGGACACAUUAUUCAAUUUCUGUUAGUCACAUGUCUGUGGAACUUGUUCAGUUUAUGUCACAAUUACCUUGGUACCCCUGCACAUCGACUCGGUACUGGUAACCCGUGUAUAUAGCCAAAUUAUCGUUACUCAUUGUGUAUUUAAUGUUACUUUUAUUAUUACGUGUUAUUACUUUUCAAUUAUUUCUCUAUUUUCUUUCUCUCUGCAUUGUUGGGAUGGGCCCGUAAGGAAGCAUAUCACCUGUUAGUCUACACACUGUUGAUACGAAGCAUGUGACAAAUAAAAUUAGAUUAGAUUUUGUCUUUCGGAAAUGAGUAAUUCCCCUGAAGUCAUUGCUUAUAUCACACUAGUGCCAUGAAUGUAAAACUAGCUCUCAGUGACUGUGUGUCACUAACCAGGCCUCAUGUUUGCCGUCUGUCUGUGUCCUUGUCAGCGUUCCAGGUUCACCUUGUCCUGGACAGACUCAAACACAAGGGGGCGACAAAGAGAGUUCUGUUCCUCCACAGCAAGACGUCCCAGUACACCAAGAACAUGACGGUCAGCAACGGCCAAGGACCAGCCUGCGAGGAGCAGGAAGCCUUCCUCAUAGUGAGUUACUAUUGUUAAGUAUUGCUCUAGGCCACAGGUGUCCUCUGUGUAGCUCAGUCGGUAGGGCAUGGCGCUUGGAACGCCAGGGUUGUGGGUUCGAUUCCCACGGGGGGGCAGUAUAAAAAAUGUAUGCACUCACUAACUGUAAGUCGCUCUGGAUAAGAGCGUCUGCUAAAAUUACUAAAAUGUGUCAAACUCAUUCCACAGAGGGCCGAAUGUCUGCGGGUCUUCGCUUGUCCUUGAUUGAUUAAUUAUGGUCACUAAUUAGUAAGGAAUUCCCCUCACCUGGUUGAAUAGGACUUAAUUGAAAGGAAAAACCUGCAGACACUUGGCCCUCCAUGGAAUGAGUUUGACAACCCCUGCUGUAGUCCUUCCUUAUAGAGAUGCUGAGCAAUAGACUUUAUUGUCCUGUGUGCAUGUGUUCAUGGAAUGUGUUGAGCACUCUAAUACCCUUUACACAGUACUGAGCUGAACCAAGGUCGAGCUGCACUAUGUUGGCCUGGCCCAAGGUCGAGCUGCACUAUGUUGGCCAGGCCCAAGGUCGAGCUGCACUAUGUUGGCCUGGCCCAAGGUCGAGCUGCACUAUGUUGGCCAGGCCCAAGGUCGAGCUGCACUAUGUUGGCCAGGCCCAAGGUCGAGCUGCACUAUGUUGGCCAGGCCCAAGGUCGAGCUGCACUAUGUUGGCCUGGCCCAAGGUCGAGCUGCACUAUGUUGGCCAGGCCCAAGGUCGAGCUGCACUAUGUUGGCCAGGCCCAAGGUCGAGCUGCACUAUGUUGGCCAGGCCCAAGGUCGAGCUGCACUAUGUUGGCCUGGCCCAAGGUCGAGCUGCACUAUGUUGGCCAGGCCCAAGGUCGAGCUGCACUAUGUUGGCCUGGCCCAAGGUCGAGCUGCACUAUGUUGGCCUGGCCCAAGGUCGAGCUGCACUAUGUUGGCCUGGCCCAAGGUCGAGCUGCACUAUGUUGGCCUGGCCCAAGGUCGAGCUGCACUAUGUUGGCCUGUCCCGUAGUUCCUCUAGCCAUAAUGGAGAGGACAAUGUGAAAGAACAUAGCUGUGACAGGACAGUAUGGACUGGUCGGCAUGACUCCUACAUUUACAGCUUCACUGAUUUGUUUACUGUUUACUUCACUUUUACUAAACCCUACUAGGGAUGGUCAUGAGUAAUUGAGUACUCGAACGGACAUCAAAACUCAAACUUUAACCAGAGAUUAAAAAAAAUAAAAAUAAUUCUAAGCUAUUUGGUGGAAUUCCCCACAUCAGUACACCACCAGCCUGUACCGUUGACACCAGGCAGGAUGGGGCCAUGGACUCAUGCUGCUUAUGCCAAAUCCUGACUCUGCCAUCAGCAUGACGUAACAGCAUUCAUCGGACCAGGCAAUGUUUUUCCACUGGAGCCGCUUCUUCUUGUUUUUAGCUGAUAGGAGUGGAACCUGGUGUGGUCGUCUGCUGCAAUAGCCCAUCCGUGACAAGGAUCGACAAGUUGUGCGUUCCGAGACGCCGUUCUGCACACCACUACUGCGCUGUUAUUUGCCUCUUUGUGGCUCCGCCUGUUAGCUUGCAUGAUUCCUGCCAUUUUCCUUUGACCUCUCUCGUCAACGAGCUGUUUUUGCCCCGUAGGACUGCCGCUGACUUGAUGUUUUUUUUUGUUUGUUGCACCAUUCUUUGUAAACCCUACACACUGUCACUCAGGAGGGCAGCCGUUUCUGAGAUACUGGAACCGGCACGACUGGCGCUGACGAUUAUACCACGCUCAAAGUUGCUUAGGUCACUUGUUUUUUGCCCAUUCUAACGUUCAAUCAAACAGUAACUGAACGUCUCGAUGCCUGUCUGCCUGAACGGGGUGGCGUACCUGAUAAACUGUCCGGUGAGUGUGUGUUCCAAUGACGAGCUGCAGUUUGGGAAUAGUUGCUUCCCGUCUAUCUUCUUCUUGGGCUACUUUGCGAACUGCUAGUGCCAUUAAGAAAUGGUUAGCCUCGGCUAUAACCCCCUUAAACAUAGACAGGUUCCACACUGAAAAUAUGUAAAGGAAAUAUGUAAAAACAUUAGUUUGAUGAAGACAGAGAGAUAUUUUCAUCAGAAUCAUUAAGCCUAGGCCUACUCACCAAAACAGAUGUCGUGGCCGUAAUUCAUCACCAGACAGUGUUCGAUGUGGAAUUGUUCAUCCAUGUUGAAAAUGACAAAGAACAGGCAGAAUAAACCAAAUUGAACGUCUGUAUAUAUAUAUAUAUAUAUAUAUAUAUAUAUAUAUAUAUAUAUAUAUAUAUAUAUAUAUAUAUAUAUAUAAAUGAUUUUGGUUCGUAAACCUGAAUAAAUGUUCUUUAAACUCGCCAAACUGAGACCCGUUUCAAAUUAUCACUCUGAGAAAAACUGUUCUAUAUUAUUCUGUUAAAUUACAUCAUGUUUUUUACAUCUAAAAAUAUAAAAUACGUAUGUCUUGUCUGUGAUAAGGGCUCAGGAAAUAGGACCGUAUUGUCUGCUAAAUGAACAAAACAUGUCUAUUCCAUUGCAGCUACAGGAUUCUACAAGCAAGCACCAUUACUGAAGUUACUGCCUUAUUGAAGAUUGUGUUCCAUGAUAUAAUAUAACCAGUUGAUAUUACAGAUUGUGUUCCACUAUAUAAUAUAACCAGUUGAUAUUACAGAUUGUGUUCCAUGAUAUAAUAUAACCAGUUGAUAUUACAGAUUGUGUUCCAUGAUAUAAUAUAACCAGUUGAUAUUACAGAUUGUGUUCCAUGAUAUAAUAUAACCAGUUGAUAUUACAGAUUGUGUUCCACUAUAUAAUAUAACCAGUUGAUAUUACAGAUUGUGUUCCAUGAUAUAAUAUAACCAGUUGAUAUUACAGAUUGUGUUCCAUGAUAUAAUAUAACCAGUUGAUAUUACAGAUUGUGUUCCAUUAUAUAAUAUAACCAGUUGAUAUUACAGAUUGUGUUCCAUGAUAUAACAUAACCAGUUGAUAUUACAGAUUGUGUUCCACUAUAUAAUAUAACCAGUUGAUAUUACAGAUUGUGUUCCAUGAUAUAAUAUAACCAGUUGAUAUUACAGAUUGUGUUCCAUGAUAUAAUAUAACCAGUUGAUAUUACAGAUUGUGUUCCAUGAUAUAAUAUAACCAGUUGAUAUUACAGAUUGUGUUCCAUGAUAUAAUAUAACCAGUUGAUAUUACAGAUUGUGUUCCAUGAUAUAAUAUAACCAGUUGAUAUUACAGAUUGUGUUCCAUGAUAUAACAUAACCAGUUGAUAUUACAGAUUGUGUUCCAUGAUAUAAUAUAACCAGUUGAUAUUACAGAUUGUGUUCCAUGAUAUAAUAUAACCAGUUGAUAUUACAGAUUGUGUUCCACUAUAUAAUAUAACCAGUUGAUAUUACAGAUUGUGUUCCACUAUAUAAUAUAACCAGUUGAUAUUACAGAUUGUGUUCCAUGAUAUAAUAUAACCAGUUGAUAUUACAGAUUGUGUUCCACUAUAUAAUAUAACCAGUUGAUAUUACAGAUUGUGUUCCACUAUAUAAUAUAACCAGUUGAUAUUACAGAUUGUGUUCCAUGAUAUAAUAUAACCAGUUGAUAUUACAGAUUGUGUUCCAUGAUAUAAUAUAACCAGUUGAUAUUACAGAUUGUGUUCCAUGAUAUAAUAUAACCAGUUGAUAUUACAGAUUGUGUUCCAUUAUAUAAUAUAACCAGUUGAUAUUACAGAUUGUGUUCCAUGAUAUAAUAUAACCAGUUGAUAUUACAGAUUGUGUUCCAUGAUAUAAUAUAACCAGUUGAUAUUACAGAUUGUGUUCCAUGAUAUAAUAUAACCAGUUAAUAUUACAGAUUGUGUUCCAUUAUAUAACAUAACCAGGUGAUAUUACAGAUUGUGUUCCAUGAUAUAAUAUAACCAGUUGAUAUUACAGAUUGUGUUCCAUGAUAUAAUAUAACCAGUUGAUAUUACAGAUUGUGUUCCACUAUAUAAUAUAACCAGUUGAUAUUACAGAUUGUGUUCCAUGAUAUAAUAUAACCAGUUAAUAUUACAGAUUGUGUUCCAUGAUAUAAUAUAACCAGUUGAUAUUACAGAUUGUGUUCCAUGAUAUAAUAUAACCAGUUGAUAUUACAGAUUGUGUUCCAUGAUAUAAUAUAACCAGUUGAUAUUACAGAUUGUGUUCCAUGAUAUAAUAUAACCAGUUGAUAUUACAGAUUCAAUAGAAUAAUAUUAAAUGUCUCUGUGGGGAAGCAUUAGAGUCAACAUGGGCCAGCAUCCCUGUGGAACGCUUUCGACACCUUGGGGGCGUGCAACUCAAUAUUAGGAAGUUGUUCUUAAUGUUUUGUACACUCAGUGUAGAAAGAAUAGUUGUGUGUCAAAUGAGCUCCAAAGUGCUCCUAACAUACCUAAAGCAGACAUUUGUUUCAUUCCUAGGGGGUUUGAUUUUCUCUUUGGCCCUAUUUCUAGCCUGGGAGCCAGUUUAUGAUUCAUACAACCUUAAACAGGAACCGAUCUGGCUACCAGGCUAUACAGUAUUUCCUUCCAUUUUGUGAUCAAUAUAAUAGUUAGCUAUGUGUAAUAUUUGAAAUGCCCAUCCCUAAACCCAACCCCCUCUCUGCUCUGCAGGAUGACUCUGAGUUCCGGGACAAGAUCACUCCCAUCUCUGUGUUCAUGGAGUUCAGUUUGGACUACCAGCAGGCUGCAGAUAAGACCGGCCUACUGCCUAUCGUGGAUCAGACUGCCCUCACCAACAUCUCCAAACAGGUACACAUACGUCUUUAACCAAGUCUACGUCCCAAAUGGCACCCCUAUUCCCGAUUAUAGUGCACUACGUUUACUACAGGCUCUGGUCAAAAGUAGUGCACUAUGUAGGGAAUAGGGUGCCAUUUGGGAAGGACAAUAACUGUUGUGAUCAGGUAUAGAGUAGCACAUGGUGAGUAGGAGAGGUGGGUCACAUGAUGAGUAGGAGAGGUGGGUCGCAUGGUGAAAAGGAGAGGUGGGUCACAUGGUGAGUAGGAGAGGUGGGUCACAUGGUGAGUAGGAGAGGUGGGUCACAUGAUGAGUAGGAGAGGUGGGUCACAUGGUCACAUGGUUAGUAGGAGAGUUGGAUCACAUGGUUAGUAGGAGAGUUGAGUCACAUGGUUAGUAGGAGAGGUGGGUCACAUGGUCACAUGGUUAGUAGGAGAGGUGGGUCACAUGGUGAAAAGGGGAGGUGGGUCACAUGGUGAGUAGGAGAGGUGGGUCACAUGGUUAGUAGGAGAGGUGGGUCACAUGGUUAGUAGGAGAGGUGGGUCACAUGGUAGUAGGAGAGGUGGGUCACAUGGUAGUAGGAGAGGUGGGUCACAUGGUUAGUAGGAGAGAAGGGUCACAUGGUGAGUAGGAGAGGUGGGUCACAUGGUUAGUAGGAGAGGUGGGUCACAUGGUGAGUAGGAGAGGUGGGUCACAUGGUUAGUAGGAGAGGUGGGUCACAUGGUGAGUAGGAGAGGUGGGUCACAUGGUUAGUAGGAGAGGUGGGUCACAUGGUGAGUAGGAGAGGUGGGUCACAUGGUGAGUAGGAGAGGUGGGUCACAUGGUCACAUGGUUAGUAGGAGAGGUGGGUCACAUGGUGAAAAGAGGAGGUGGGUCACAUGGUGAGUUGGAGAGGUGGGUCACAUGGUGAGAAGGAGAGGUGGGUCACAUGGUGAGUAGGAGAGGUGGGUCACAUAGUGGAUCACGUGGUUAGUAGGAGAGGUGGGUCACAUGGUCAUAUGGUGAGUAGGAGGGUGGGUGAAGUUUUUUGGGUAAACAAACUGUCUACUUGUGACAAUGUUUUUCAGGCCCAUAUCCUACUGGACUGUGGAGAUGACAACAUCUGUAAGCCAGACCUCCAGCUGUCUGUAUUGAGGUGAGUGCACCUCCUCCUCCAGUAUCUCAUGCCACAUUCAUUAAUUCCUAACAUAGUUAGCCAAGUCGAGCUGUUUUGGGCUGGUUACACAUCCACCAUAGUUGUUGAAACCAUGCUGGAAAGGACAAAGUGAUAUAAAAUAUCUCAGCCAGCACAGUAAGGUUCUGGUUGACCAUCUAGUGUGAAUCGGGCAUCAGUGAGAUGGUCCUAACUUUUCCAUUAGUUUUCUUUCUACCACCAGUGACCAGAAGGAGAUUGUCCUAACUGAGUAAGGUUACAAAAUCCCAGAAACCUUCCCAGAGUUUUCUGAAAUCCUAGUUGGAGGAUUCCCGUAAUCAGGUGAGCAUAAUCAGGGAGGCAAUCAUCCAACCAGGAUUUCUGACAAACCUAGGAACUUUGGCAUAGCAAAAUUAUGGAAACUUUCCCAGAGUCUAACUCCAUUCUGUAAAUCCGAUCUCUGACUUCCCCACUGACCAGAAGCAGAUCAUUCUGUUAAUCCGAUCUCUGACCUCCCCAGUGACCAGAAGCAGAUCAUUCUGUUAAUCCGAUCUCUGACCUCCCCAGUGACCAGAAGGAGAUCAUUCUGUUAAUCCGAUCUCUGACCUCCCCAGUGACCAGAAGGAGAUCUACAUAGGAGAUGAUAACCCCUUGACCCUGGAGGUGACAGCGGAGAACAGAGGAGAGGGGGCGUACGAGGCAGAGCUACAUGUCUUCCUUCCUCCCCAGGCUGACUUCACUGGGGUCGUACGCAACAGUGAGGUAAAAUAGAAUAGUGGCCAGUGAAGACAACUAGGCCGAUCUCUGCACCAGUGUGACAGAUGUGAUCAUACUUUGUAACUCUCUUACAUUGUGUUUUUUAAAGAAAGUACUGUCCAGCCUGCGAUCCCAGUUGAUUGGUGUUUAUUUCUGACGAUAGACACAAGGUAGAAGAUUAGAUGUGCAGGACAACAGUAUGUUGAUGGCUGUAGAUUCGUGAUUCGUCUUUUAGCAUGGAAAUACAGUGCCUUGCAAAAGUAUUCAUCCUCCUUGGCGUUUUUCCUAUAUUGAUGCAUUACAACCUGUAAUGUAAAUGGAUUUCUAUUUGGAUUUCAUGUAAUGGACAUACACAAAAUAGUCCAGAUUGGUGAAGUGAAAUGAAAAAAAUAACGUAAUUUUUUUUUCUAAAAAAUAAAGAACGGAAAAGUGGUGCGUGCAUAUGUAUUCACCCCCUUUGCUAUGAAGCCCCUAAAUAAGAUCUGGUGCAACCAAUUACCUUCAGAAGUCACAUAAUUAGUUAAAUAAAGUCCACCUGUGUGCAAUCUAAGUGCCACAUGAUUGAUCUCAUUAUAUAUACACCUGUUCUGAAAGGCCCCAGAGUCUGCAACACCACUAAGCAAGGGGCACCACCAAGGAAGCGGCACCAUGAAGACCAAGGAGCUCUCCAAACAGGUCAGGGACAAAGUUGUGGAGAAGUACAGAUCAGGGUUGGGUUAUAAAAAAACAAAACAUGUUUGGUGUUCGCCAAAAGGCAUGUGGGAGACUGAGCUUGAGCUGUUUGGCCAUCGAGGAAAACGCUAUGUCUGGCGCAAACCCAACACCCUUCAUCACCCUGAGAACACCAUCCCCACAUUGAAGCAUGGUGAUGGCAGCAUCAUGCUAUGGGGAUGUUUUUCAUCGGCAGGGACUGGGAAACUUGUCAGAAUUGAAGGAAUGAUGGAUGGUGCUAAAUACAGGGAAAUUCUUGAGGGAAACCGGUUUCAGUCUUCCAGAGAUUUGAGACUGGGAUGGAGGUUCACCUUCCAGCAGGACAAUGACCCUAAGCAUACUGCUAAAGCAACAACAACAAAAAAAAUUUGCAUCUUCAAAGUGGAAGGCAUGUUUUGUAAAUCAAAUGAUACAAUCCCCCCAAAAAUCAAUUUUACUUCCAGGUUGUAAGGCAACAAAAUAGGAAAAAUGCCAAGGGGGGUGAAUACUUUCGCAAGUCACUGUAACUGUGAAUUAGCAGGGAGCUAAUGACAAUUAGAGAAUGCUAUCUAACCUGCUCUUACAGCAAUAACAUACAAACGCACAUCCCAGGAUGCCCCCAAUAUCUACCAGGCGCCGUACACAUACUGUGUCUAUAGGAAUACAUAAACAUGAAAUAAAAAAAUUCUGCAGUGUCAGGUGGAAACAUAACCAACCCUGUAAUUUACAGUGAGUGUAUGAAACAUUAGGAACACCCUUUUGCCCUCAGAACAGCCUCAAUUCGUCGGGGCCGUUGACUCUACAAGGUGUCGAAAGCGAUCCACAGGGAGACUGGCCCACGUUGACUCCAAUGCUUCCCACAGUUGUGUCAAGUUGGCUGGAUGUCUUUUGGGUGGUGGACCAUACUUGAUACGGGAAACUGUUGAGUGCGGAAAAAACCCAGCAGCAUUGCCGUUCUUGAUCCACUCAAACCGGUGCGCCUGGCACCUACUACCAUACCCCGUUCAAAGGCACUUAAAUAUUUUGUCUUGCCCAUUCACCCUCUGAAUGGCACACAUACACUACCGGUCAAAAGGUUUAGAACACCGACUCAUUCAAGGGUUUUUUCUUUAUUUGUACUAUUUCUACAUUGUAGAAUAAUAGCGAAGACAUCAAAACUAUGAAAUAACACGUAUGGAAUCAUGUAGUAACCAAAAAAGGUGUUAAACAAAUCCAAAUAUAUUUUAUAUACCAGGCGCACCGGUUUAUUUUGUCGUGUUUCUCCCUUCCAGACUCUGUCGAGACUGUCCUGUGCCUACAAGACAGAGAACCAGACCAGGGUGGUGGUGUGUGAUCUGGGGAACCCCAUGAAAGGAGGAACUAAGGUGAGUGGAACGGAGAGAGGAGAUGGUGACAGUCCCGUUGACCUGAAUGGGGAUUUUAUUUCUAUGACGGGUGUCGACGGACACCUAGUCAGCACCAUUUCACCAGGUCAAAUACCCGGUACAUAUGAAUGUACUUUGUGAAUAAAGUUGAUUCCCGAUUUUUCUGAUCAGAGGGUGCGUUUAAACAGGCCGCCCAAUUCUGAUCUUUUAUUGGCAAAAGAUCUGAUCUGAAUGGUGAUGAUCCUGAUGUUGUGGUGUGAUGUCGUCUUCAGGUGCUGGCCGGUCUGCGCUUCAGCGUUCACCAGCUCUCCGAGCAGGACACGUCUGUCAAGUUUGACCUGCAGAUACAGAGGUAAUGAUCUGGUAACAAAGGGUUCAGAAUACCGUUAUUCUUAUAGCUUAUGGAAAUAAAAUAACUUUGCUGAGCUUUAUUUUCUAACAACUGGGUAUGUAUACAAGUCUCUGUUGCAAGAGAUGUAAUCUUAAUGAGCUUAACCUGUGUAAAUAUAAUAAUGAAACAGUGUCUCACACAUCGAAUGGUCUGUUAUGAGUUUCAUUCAUAAAGUUAGUUAGGACCUAAUUUGACUAAAGUGCUUUUAGAGAAGAGACUACCUAUGCUCUCUCCACACACAUCCUGACUCUGUGGAAACAGAGACAGUUUGAGACUAAAGGUGUAUUCCCAAAUAGCACCCAACUCCCUAUCGACCAGAGCGAAAGUAGUGCACUACAUAGGGAAUAGGGGGGCCUUUUUUGGGAUGCAUAGUAAGGCAUGGUGUCUCUGUCGUCCCUGGUUGGAUUCAAAGGGGCUUGUAAAUGACAGAGUAGCUGUAUCCUCUGUAUAUCCUGUAAAUGACAGAGUAGCUGUAUCCUCUGGAUAUCCUGUAAAUGACAGAGUAGCUGUAUCCUCUGGAUAUCCUGUAAAUGACAGAGUAGCUGUAUCCUCUGGAUAUCCUGUAAAUGACAGAGUAGCUGUAUCCUCUGGAUAUCCUGUAAAUGACAGAGUAGCUGUAUCCUCUGGAUAUCCUGUAAAUGACAGAGUAGCUGUAUCCUCUGGAUAUCCUGUAAAUGACAGAGUAGCUGUAUCCUCUGGAUAUCCUGUAAAUGACAGAGUAGCUGUAUCCUCUGGAUAUCCUGUAAAUGACAGAGUAGCUGUAUCCUCUGGAUAUCCUGUAAAUGACAGAGUAGCUGUAUCCUCUGGAUAUCCUGUAAAUGACAGAGUAGCUGUAUCCUCUGGAUAUCCUGUUAAACCUCUUAUGUUUUACAUUUUUUACAUUUUCGUCAUUUAGCAGACGCUCUUAUCCAGAGCGACUUACAUAUUGGUGCAUUCACCUUAUAGCCAGUGGGAAUGAUAGGCUCUCUAAACCACGCCGCCUUAUUCUGUUGACCAAAGUCACCGUUGAAUUGUUUAGAAUAGUUGAGAGUGUCUGGAGGAGUUGUUUUAUGAGGCUUUAUGAGGCAGUUCAAAUCAUUGGAUGAAGUUACAGUAAUGAUGCAAUGGCGCCACCCUAUGGACAUUCUGUGUUAUAGCAUCAACCUGUACCGCGGUGUACACUGCUUAUCUGAUGUUUUCACCAUCUGGUCUUUUUAUAAGAUAAUAAUGUAUUGUCUUUCAGUUCCAACCAGUUCAGCAGCACCAGCAGACUGGUCUCCAGCAUCACAAAGCUGGCUGUCCUCGCCAAGGUGGAUAUCAGAGGGUAUGUUGUUGACAUGUCUUCUCACUCAUUCUAAUACCUAUUUGCUCCAAUGAAGGUCAUUACUGAUCCAAAAGCUUAGCCGUUAAAUACUGAAAUAUCAUCUGAUUGAAGUGUGCAGAGACUGCUUCUUCACUCCUGCACCUUCUCUCACCCUAAUGGGCAGGUGUGAGGUCACCAACAUACAGUGCCUUCUGAAAGUAUUCAGACCCCUUGACUUUUUCCACAUUUUGUUACAUUACAGCCUUAUUCUAAAAUGGAUAAAAUAAAAUAAAAUAAAAAACUGAAAUACCUUAUUUACAUAAGUAUUCUGACCCUUUGCUAUGAGACUCGAAAUUGAGCUCAGGUGGAUCCUGUUUCCAUUGAUCAUCCUUGAGAUGUUUCUACAACUUGAUUGGAGUCCACCUGUGGUAAAUUCAAUUGAUUGGACAUGAUUUGGAAAGGCACACAGUCAGAGCAAAAACCAAGCCGUGAGGUCGAAGGAAUUGUCCGUAGAGCUCCGAGACAGGAUUGUGUCGAGGCACAGAUCUGGGGAAGGGUACCAACACAUUUCUGCAGCAUUGAAGGUCCCUGAGAACACAGUGGCCUCCAACAUUGUUAUUUUUAUUUUAUUUUUGUUUUAUUACAUUUUCAUUAUUUGGGGGUAGAUCAGCUUUAAUAUUGCAGAUAGAUUGUAACUUCCAUCAAUGGAAUUGUCUGCAUCACUUCCAAUCCCCCAUAUGUUUUUUUAUUUCUCGCAAAUAUAUAUAUACAGUGGGGAGAACAAGUAUUUGAUACACUGCCGAUUUUGCAGGUUUUCCUACUUACAAAGCAUGUAGAGGUCUGUAAUUGUAAUCAUAGGUACACUUCAACUGUGAGAGACGGAAUCUAAAACAAAAAUCCAGAAAAUCACAUUGUAUGAUUUUUAAGUAAUUAAUUUGCAUUUUAUUGCAUGACAUAAGUAUUUGAUCAGAAAAGCAGAACUUAAUAUUUGGUACAGAAACCUUUGUUUGCAAUUACAGAGAUCAUACGUUUCCUGUAGGUCUUUACCAGGUUUGCACACACUGCAGCAGGGAUUUUGGCCCACUCCUCCAUACAGACCUUCUCCAGAUCCUUCAGGUUUCGGGGCUGUCGCUGGGCAAUACGGACUUUCAGCUCCCUCCAAAGAUUUUCUAUUGGGUUCAGGUCUGGAGACUGGCUAGGCCACUCCAGGACCUUGAGAUGCUUCUUACGGAGCCACUCCUUAGUUGCCCUGGCUGUGUGUUUCGGGUCGUUGUCAUGCUGGAAGACUCAGCCACGACCCAUCUUCAAUGCUCUUACUGAGGGAAGGAGGUUGUUGGCCAAGAUCUCGCGAUACAUGGCCCCUUCCAUCCUCCCCUCAAUACGGUGCAGUCGUCCUGUCCCCUUUGCAGAAAAGCAUCCCCAAAUAAUGAUUUUUCCACCUCCAUGCUUCACGGUUGGGAUGGUGUUCUUGGGGUUGUACACAUCCUUCUUCUUCCUCCAAACACGGCGAGUGGAGUUUAGACCAAAAGGCUCUAUUUUUGUCUCAUCAGACCACAUGACCUUCUCCCAUUCCUCCUCUGGAUCAUCCAGAUGGUCAUUGGCAAACUUCAGACGGGCCUGGACAUGCGCUGGCUUGAGCAGGGGGACCUUGCGUGCGCUGCAGGAUUUUAAUCCAUGACGUCGUAGUGUGUUACUAAUAGUUUUCUUUGAGACUGUGGUCCCAGCUCUCUUCAGGUCAUUGACCAGGUCCUGCCGUGUAGUUCUGGGCUGAUCCCUCACCUUCCUCAUGAUCAUUGAUGCCCCACGAGGUGAGAUCUUGCAUGGAGCCCCAGACCGAGGGUGAUUGACCGUCAUCUUGAACUUCUUCCAUUUUCUAAUAAUUGCGCCAACAGUUGUUGCCUUCUCACCAAGCUGCUUGCCUAUUGUCCUGUAGCCCAUCCCAGCCUUGUGCAGGUCUACAAUUUUAACCCUGAUGUCCUUACACAGCGCUCUGGUCUUGGCCAUUGUGGAGAGGUUGGAAUCUGUUUGAUUGAGUGUGUGGACAGGUGUCUUUUAUACAGGUAACGAGUUCAAACAGGUGCAGUUAAUACAGGUAAUGAGUGGAGAACAGGAGGGCUUAUUAAAGAAAAACGAACAGGUCUGCGAGAGCCGGAAUUCUUACUGGUUGGUAGGUGAUCAAAUACUUAUGUCAUGCAAUAAAAUGCAAAUUAAUUACUUCAAAAUCAUACAAUGUGAUUUUCUGGAUUUUUGUUUUAGAUUCCGUCUCUCACAGUUGAAGUGUACCUAUGAUAAAAAUUACAGACCUCUACAUGCUUUGUAAGUAGGAAAACCUGCAAAAUCGGCAGUGUAUCAAAUACUUGUUCUCCCCACAGUAUAUAUAUAUACAGUGAGGGAAAAAAGUAUUUGAUCCCCUGAUGAUUUUGUACGUUUGCCCACUGACAAAGAAAUUAUCAGUCUAUAAUUUUAAUGGUAGGUUUAUUUGAACAGUGAGAGACAGAAUAACAACAAAAAACUCCAGAAAAACGCAUGUCAAAAAUGUUAUGAAUUGAUUUGCAUUUUAAUGAGGGAAAUAAGUAUUUGACCCCCUCUCAAUCAGAAAGAUUUCUGGCUCCCAGGUCAAUCUCCCUCGGCCUGGGGCUCCAUGCAAGAUCUCACCUCGUGGAGUUGCAAUGAUCAUGAGAACAGUGAGGAAUCAGCCCAGAACUACACGGGAGGAUCUUGUCAAUGAUCUCAAGGCAGCUGGGACCACAGUCACCAAGAAAACAAUUGGUAACACACUACGACGUGAAGGACUGAAAUCCUGCAGCGCCCGCAAGGUCCCCCUGCUCAAGAAAGCACAUAUACAGGCCCGUCUGAAGUUUGCCAAUGAACAUCUGAAUGAUUCAGAGGAGAACAGGGUGAAAGUGUUGUGGUCAGAUGAGACCAAAAUGGAGCACUUUGGCAUCAACUCAACUCGCUCUGUUUGGAGGAAGAGGAAUGCUGCCUAUGACCCCAAGAACACCAUCCCCAACGUCGAACAUGGAGGUGGAAACAUUAUGCUUUGGGGGUGUUUUUCUGCUAAGGGGACAGGACAACUUCACUGCAUCAAAGGGACGAUGGACGGGGCCAUGUACCGUCAAAUCUUGGGUGAGAACCUCAUUCCCUCAGCCAGGCCAUUGAAAAUGGGUCAUGGAUGGGUAUUCCAGCAUGACAAUGACCCAAAACACACGGCCAAGGCAACAAAGGAGUGGCUCAAGAAGAAGCACAUUAAGGUCCUGGAGUGGCCUAGCCAGUCUCCAGACCUUAAUCCCAUAGAAAAUCUGUAGCUGAAGGUUCGAGUUGCCAAACGUCAGCCUCGAAACCUUAAUGACUUGGAGAAGAUCUGCAAAGAGGAGUGGGACAAAAUCCCUCCUGAGAUGUGUGCAAACCUGGUGGCCAACUACAAGAAACGUCUGACCUCUGUGAUUGCCAACAAGGGUUUUGCCACCAAGUACUAAGUCAUAUUUUGCAGAGGGGGUCAAAUACUUAUUUCCCUCAUUAAAAUGCAAAUCAAUUUAUAACAUUUUUGACAUGCAUUUUUCUGGAUUUUUUUGUUGUUAUUCUGUCUCUCACUCUUCAAAUAAACCUACCAUUAAAAUGAUAGACUGAUCAUGUCUUUGUCAGUGGGCAAACGUACAAAAUCAGCAGGGGAUCAAAUACUUUUUUCCCUCACUGUAUAUACAUACAUAUACACAUGCAUACAUAUGAUGGCCUUCAUCAUUCUUAAAUGGAGGAAGUUUGGAGCCACCAAGACUCUUCCUAGAGCUGGCUGCACGGCCAAACUGAGCAAUCAGGGGAGAAGGGCCUUGGUCAGGGAGGUGACCAAGAACCUGAUGGUCACUCUGACAGAGCUCCAGAGUUCCUCUGUGGAGAUGGGAGAAUCUUCCAGAAGGACAACCAUCUCUGCAGCACUCCACCAAUCAGGUCUUUAUGGUAGAGAGGUCAGACGGAAGCCACUCCUCAGUAAAAGGCACAUGACAGCCUGCUUGGAAUUUGCCAAAAGGCACCUAAAGGACUCUCAGACAAUGAGAAACAAGAUUCUCUGGUCUGAUGAAACCAUAGAUUGAACUCUUUGGCCUGAAUGCCAAGCGUCAUGUCUGGAGGAAACCUGGCACCAUCCCUACAGUGAAGUAUUGUGGUGGCAGAAUCAUGCUGUGGGGAUGUUUUUCAGUGGCAGGGACUGGGAGACUAGUCAGGAUCGAGGCAAAGAUGAACGGAGCAAAGUACAGAGAGAUCCUUGAUCAAAACCUGCUCCAGAGCGCUCAGGACCUCAGACUGGGGUGAAGGUUCACCUUCCAACAGGACAACGACCCUAAGCACACAGCAAGACAACGCAGGAGUGGCUUCGGGACAAGUCUCUGAAUGUCCUUGAGUGGCCCAGCCAGAGCCCGGACUUGAACCUGAUUGAACAUCUCUGGAAAGACCUGAAAAUAGCUGUGCAGCAACGCUCCCCAUCCAACCUGACAGAGCUUGAGAGGAUCUGCAGAGAAGAAUGGGAGAAACUCCCCAAAUACAGGUGUGCCAAGCUUGUAGCGUCAUACCCAAGAAGACUGGAGGCUGUAAUCGCUGCCAAAGGUGCUUCAACAAAGUACUGAGUAAAGGGUCUGAAUACUUAUGUAAAUUUUCUGAAAUGUAUAAAAACCUAUUUUUGCUUUGUCAUUAUGGGGUAUUGUGUUUAGAUUGAUGAGGGAAAAAUAUAUAUUUAAUCACUUUUAGAAUAAGCCUGUAACUUAACAAAAUGUGGAAAAAGUAAAGGGGUCUGAAUACUUCCCGAAGGCGCUGUACAUCAUAAAGUGCAGAUUGCAUUUAGAUGAUUGUUCUUAUAACCUAUAACAUCUAAACAAAUAAUAACAGCAAAGUAGUGCAUGUAAAUGUCUGCCGGCUCAAAUCCCAGGUGGGGCCUUGUGUCUGUCUGUGCCUCAGAGCUGAGGGUUUAGCACAGAAGGGUUUAGCACAAAGGGGUUUAGCACAGAAGGGUUUAGCACAAAGGGGUUUAGCACAUAAGGGUUUAGCACAGAAGGGUUUAGCACAGAAGGGUUUAGCACAAAGGGGUUUAGCACAGAAGGGUUUAGCACAUAAGGGUUUAGCACAUAAGGGUUUUAGCACAGAAGGGUUUAGCACAGAAGGGUUUAGCACAAAGGGGUUUAGCACAUAAGGGUUUAGCACAAAGGGGUUUAGCACAAAGGGGUUUAGCACAGAAGGGUUUAGCACAAAGGGGUUUAGCACAUAAGGGUUUAGCACAAAGGGGUUUAGCACAGAAGGGUUUAGCACAAAGGGGUUUAGCACAGAAGGGUUUAGCACAAAGGGGUUUACACAAAGGGGUUUAGCACAGAAGGGUUUAGCACAGAAGGGGUUUAGCCUGAUGGAAUGUAUGUAUUCUUGAUAAGCUUUUGUAUCCAUGAUACAUGUCUGCUUAGCAAAGACAGUACUGAUGUCCCCUACCACCUCUGAUAUAGUAAUGGCUUUACUGAUUCAUGCUUACAUUAACAGAAUGUGAAGAAAUGCAGAAUGUACUUUAUAAAUCCGUAUUUUGCCCAGUUGUGAACCCCAAUACCCACCUCUCUCUGCUGCAGGGUGUCGGUUCCUGACCAGGUCUUCCUGCCCAUUGCUAACUGGCAGCCCAAAGAUAACCCUGUCGUAGGAGACGACAUCGGUCCACAGAUACUGCACAUCUAUGAGGUCAGCCAUGACACUGUGUCUGCGUCUGAAAUUGCACUCUAUUCCCUAUAUAGGCUGGUCAAAUGCCACCCUAUUCCCUAUAUAGGCUGGUCAAAUGGCACUCUAUUCCCUAUAUAGGCUGGUCAAAUGGCACUCUAUUCCCUAUAUAGGCUGGUCAAAUUGCACCCUAUUCCCUAUAUAGGCUGGGCAAAUUGCACCCUAUUCCCUAUAUAGGCUGGUCAAAUGGCACUCUAUUCCCUAUAUAGGCUGGUCAAAUGGCACUCUAUUCCCUAUAUAGGCUGGUCAAAUUGCACCCUAUUCCCUAUAUAGGCUGGUCAAAUUGCACCCUAUAACCUAUAUAGGCUGGUCAAAUUGCACCCUAUUCCCUAUAUAGGCUGGUCAAAUUGCACCCUAUUCGCUAUAUAGGCUGGUCAAAUUGCACCCUAUUCCCUAUAUAGGCUGGUCAAAUGGCACCCUAUUCCCUAUAUAGACUGGUCAAAUUGCACCCUAUUCCCUAUAUAGGCUGGUCAAAUUGCACCCUAUUCCCUAUAUAGGCUGGUCAAAUGGCACCCUAUUCGCUAUAUAGGCUGGUCAAAUUGCACUCUAUUCCCUAUAUAGACUGGUCAAAUUGCACCCUAUUCCCUAUAUAGACUGGUCAAAUUGCACUAUAUUGGGUUCCAUGUCAUGACGUUAGACCCACCAUGUAAUUCAUCUGUAGAUGAAUGUCAACUGACGAAUGUAAACUGACACAGCUGACCUUUUCACAUAAUACCAUUAAAUCGCCGUGAUAAAGUCAGCGAAGCCCUCUUUUAACCGGCUAAUCUGUCUUGUUUCCAGUUGCGUAACAGAGGCCCCAGCACCUUCAGCAAGGCCAUGCUGGACAUCGAGUGGCCCUACAGGUUCAACAACGGCUCUCUGCUCUACAUCACCAAGCUGGAGGUGGACGGGGACGGAGGAAUGAACUGCAGUACGGACAUGGAGAUCAACCCGCUCAAUGUCUCAGUACGUCGCCUUCUCUCACUUCCAUUUCAGCCAUAGACACUGGCUCUUUUUCAAACAGUCCGAACAGUCUGUCCUCUCCUUGCCUCCUCCCCCUUUAUUGCACUGAUCUGAAAGAAGUGACCAGGUGAACGUCACAGCCUGGUGACCAGGUGAACGUCACAGCCUGGUGACCAGGUGAACGUCACAGCCUGGUGACCAGGUGAACGUCAGCCUGGUGACCAGGUGAACGUCACAGCCUGGUGACCAGGUGAACGUCACAGCCUGGUGACCAGGUGAACGUCACAGCCUGGUGACCAGGUGAACGUCAGCCUGGUGAUAAGUUAUAAACUAAGCUGCCACUGCGUUGUUACACCAGUCAGUAUUUUCCAUCAGUUCAGAUGAAGGGGAGGAGACAAUGAGGGAACAGAUUGUUAAACAAUUGAGAUGGAGCCUACGUUGCUUUUGGUGACAAAUAAUAAUCUUAAGUUAUUGAAGGGAUUUCCUCUCUCUCUCUCUGUCUGUUCUAGAAUCCUCUGUCAGGAGAGACAAAUGGUACAGCUUCCACCGGUGGAGACGGUACAGAGGGGAGGAACAGGAACCAUGUUCACCGCAGAGAGCUGGAGAGGAAAGAGAUGGAGGGAGACCUGGAAACCCUGGUAAUGGCAUGAUUACCUGGCUAAUGAUGUACUGUCCAUAUACAGUUGAAGUCGGAAGUUUACAUACACCUUAGACAAAUACGUUUAAAUUCAGUUUUUCAAUAUUCCUGACAUUUAAUCCUAGUAAAAAUUCCCCGUCUUAGGUCAGUUAGGAUCACCACUUCAUUUUAAGAAUGUGAAAUGUCAGAAUAAUAGUAGAGAGAAUUAUUUAUUUAAGGUUUUAUUUCUUUCAUCACAUUCCCAGUGGGUCAGAAGUUUACAUACACUCAAUUAGUAUUUGGUAGCAUUGCCAUUAAAUUGUUUAACUUGGGUCAAACGUUUUCGGGUAGCCUUCCACAAGUUUCCCACAAUAAGUUGGAUGAUUUUUGGCCCAUUCCUCCUGACAGAGCUGGUGUAAUGGAGUCAGGUCUGUAGGCCUCCUUGCUCGCACACGCUUUUUCAGUUCCGCCCACACAUUUUCUAUAGGAUUGAGGUCAGGGCUUUGUGAUGGCCACUCCAAUACCUUGACUUUGUUGUCCUUAAGCCAUUUUGCCAAAACUUUGGAAGUAUGCUUGGGGUCAUUGUCCAUUUGGAACACCCAUUUGUGACCAAGCUUUAACUUCCUGACUGAUGUCUUGAGAUGUUGCUUCAAUAUAUCCACAUAAUUUUCCUUCCUCAUGAUGUCAUCUAUUUUGUGAAGUGCACCAGUCCCUCCUGCAGCAAAGCACCCCCACAACAUGAUGCUGCCACCCCCGUCCUUCACGGUUGGGAUGGUGUUCUUCGGCUUGCAAGAACCCCCUUUUUCCUCCAAACAUAACGAUGGUCAUUAUGGCCAAACAGUUCUAUUUUUGUUUCAUCAGACCAGAGGAUAUUUCUCCAAAAUGUACGAUCUUUGUCCCCAUGUGCAGUUGCAAACCUUUUUUAUGGCUGUUUUGGAGCAGUGGCUUCUUCCUUGCUGAGCGGCCUUUCAGGUUAUGUCAAUAUAGGACGCGUUUUACUGUGGAUAUAGAUACUUUUGUACCUGUUUCCUCCAGCAUCUUCACAAGGUCCUUUGCUGUUGUUCUGGGAUUGAUUUGCACUUUUCGCACCAAAGUACGUUCAUCUCUAGAAGACAGAACGCGUCUCCUUCCUGAGCGGUAUGACGGCUGCGUGGUCCCAUGGUGUUUAUACUUGCGUACUAUUGUUUGUACAGAUGAACGUGGUACCUUCAGGCAUUUGGAAAUUGCUCCCAAGGAUGAACCAGACUUUUUAGAUUUUCCCAUGAUGUCAAGCAAAGAGGCACUGAGUUUGAAGGUAGGCCUUGAAAUACAUCCACAGGUACAUCUGCAAUUGACUAAAAUGAUGUAAAUUAGCCUAUCAGAAUCUUCUAAAGUCAUGACAUCAUUUUCUGGAAUUUUCCAAGCUGUUUUCCAAGUCAACUUAGUAUAUGUAAACUUCUGACCCACCGGAAUUGUGAUACAGUGAAUUAUAAGUGAAAUAAUCUGUCUGUAAACAAUUGUUGGAAAAAUGACUUGUGUCAUGCACAAAGUAGAUGUCCUAACCGACUUGCCAAACUAUAGUUUGUUAACAAGAAAUUUGUGGAGUGGUUGAAAAACGAGUUUUAAUGACUCCAACCUAAGUGUAUGUAAACUUCCGACUUCAACUCUACCAGAGUUUAGGAUCAAUUCCAUUUAAAUUCAGUUGAUUCAGGAAGUAAACUGCAAGUCUGAAAUGUACUUCCUGAAUUGCUAACCCUGCUGGCUACAGUACCUGUAUGUAUUGUGUGUCACUCUGAAUGUGUGUCUCCUCACUCAGGACUGUUCGAAGGCCCAGUGCCUGAAGAUCCGGUGUCAGGUGGGCCGUGUGGAGAGAGGUCAGAGUACUAUCCUCUUCAUCCACUCCAGACUGGGGGUGGCCACCUUCCUCAAGGUGAGACUCCUGUCUGUUAUAGCCUAGAGCAGGGGGUACAUUUACAUUUUAGUCAUUUAGCAGACGCUCUUAUCCAGAGCGACUUACAGUUAGAUUAUAGAUUAUUUUUUAAAUUUUUUAUACCCCCCGUGGGAAUCGAACCCACAACCCUGGCGUUGCAAACGCCACGCUCUACCAACUGAGCUACAUCCCUGCCGGCCAUUCCCUCCCCUACCCUGGACGACGCUGGGCCAAUUGUGCGCCGCCCCAUGGGUCUCCCGGUCGCGGCCAGCUACGACAGAGCCUGGAUUCGAACCAGGAUCUCUAGAGAUGCAGUGCCUUAGACCACUUCGCCCCUCGGGAGGGGUACUCAACUCUUACAAUACGAGGUCCGGCGCCUGCUGGUUUUCUGUUCUACCUGAUAAUUAAUUGCACCCACCUGGUGUCCCAGGUCUAAAUCAGUCUCUGAUUAGAGGGAAACAAUGCAGUGGAACUGGCUUGGAGGUAUGGAGUUUAGUUUGAGGGCCCUAGAGGUUAAAUACUAGCCUGGCGGUCCCAGAUGUGUUUGUGUUGUAUCGUACGUCCACUCCACACUGGGGGUGGCCACCUUCCUCAAGGUGAGACAUUCCACCUAGGUGGAGCAUACAGCAGGGUUGUGUUCAUUAGGUACCAAACGGGACUGAAACAUUGGAGGUGUACUAUCUGUCUAAUGAGAAAUGCAGUUUCUGAUUUCCAUUUCAAGACAUGUUGCUACAGUGUGUCAUAAUGAGCAAGAGCCAGGGACACCUGGUUUGACGCAUACUGUAUGCUUGGUAUGCUCGUUAGACGCAUCACACUAUAUCUGGCACCACCAGGCUAGCUAUAUGAGCCAUAGCUGAAAUAGAUCUGGCACCACCAGACUAGCUAUAUGGUCCAUAACUUAAAUAUAUCUGGCACCACAGGCUAGCUAUAUGGUCCAUAACUUAAAUAUAUCUGGCACCACAGGCUAGCUAUAUGGGCCAUAACUUAAAUAAUCUGGCACCACAGGCUAGCUAUAUGGUCCAUAAUUUAAAUAUAUCUGGCACCACAGGCUAGCUAUAUGGGCCAUAACUUAAAGAAAAGCCUGGCUACCGUUUGAUGUAAUAAAAUAGAGCUGUGAUGGAUGUGUUUCUUUCAUUCAGACUGAGAGCCAGAACCGAUCGUUCACCGUGAGAUCCUCCGCUUCCUUCAGCGUCAUAGAGAUGCCUUAUAACAAGAACCUGGUGUCUGAGCUGCCCUCCAACGCCACUACGGUGAGUCACAUGAAGGCAUCACGGGGAUAAACCAGGUCUGCCUCUGAAAUGGAACCCUAGUCUCUAUAUAGUGCACUACUUUUGACCAGAGUCCACAGGGUCCUAAAUGGUUUGUUGUGGCUGGGUACUACCACAGCAAAUAGGUAGUUUCCAUUGUCUCUGUGUGUUGGAUGAAUAAAUAUGUGUUGUAUUGUAAACCCUGUGAUGUGUCCCCCAGAUAAGUAUGUCAGUGAUCUGGGUGAAAUCGGAGCCUGAACCUGUCCCUGGGUGGGUGGUGGCCCUGGCUGUGCUGGCUGGACUACUGCUGCUGGCUUUACUCAUCUUCAUCAUGUACAAGGUGAGCCAAACCUAUCCUCCCUAUCCUCCUAUCCUCCCCUAUCCUCCUAUCCCCUAUCCUCCCCUAUCCUCCUAUCCUCCUAUCCUCCCCUAUCCUCCUAUCCUCCCCUAUCCUCCUAUCCUCCCCUUGCCUCCUAUCCUCCCCUUGUCUCCUAUCCUCCCCUAUCAUCCUAUCCUCCCCUAUCCUCCUAUCCUCCCCUUGCCUCCUAUCCUCCCCUAUCCUCCUAACCCCCCCUUGCCUCCUAUCCUCCCCUAUCCUCCCCAUCCUCCCUUUGCCUCCGAUCCUCCUCCUUGCCCGCCUAUCCUUCCACUUGGUCCCUAUCCUCCCCUUGUCUCUAAUCCUCCUUUCUCCUAUCCUCCUCCCCUCCCUUUGCUCCUAUCCCCCUUGCUCCUCCCUGCCCCUAUCCUCCCCUUAUCUCCUAUCCUCCCCUUGCUCCUCCUCAUCCUCUCCCCUUUCUCUUAUCUCCCCUAUUCCUAUCCCCCCUUUCCUCCUAUUCCCCCUUCGUCCUAUCCACCCACCCCUUCCUCCUAUCCUCCCCUUCUCCUAUCCUCCCCUUGCCUCCUAUCCUCCCUCUGCCUCCUAUCCUCCCCUAUCUCUAUCCCCCCUUCUCCUCCCAACUCCCUUCCUCCUAUCCUCCCUUCUCCCUAUCCUCCCCUCUCCUCCCUAUUUCUCUAUCUCCUCCCCUAUCCUCCUAUCCUCCCCUUGCCUCCUAUAUCCUCCCUGCCCCUAUCCUCCCCUAUCUCUCCCUUUCUCCUAUCCCCCUUCUCCACCUCCCCUAUCCUCCCCUAUCAUCCUCCCCUUCUAUCCUCCCUAUCCUCCUAUCUCCCUGCCUCCUACCUCCCUAUCCUCCUAUCCUCCCCUUGCCUCCUAUCCUCCUCGUGCCUCCUAUCCUCCCCUAUCCUCCCCUUUUCUCCUAUCCUCCCCUUGCCUCCUAUCCUCCCCUAUCCUCCCCUUGUCUCCUAUCCUCCCCUUGCCUCCUAUCCUCCCCCUGCCUCCUUUCCUCCCCUAUCCUUCUAUCCUCCCCUUGCCUCCUAUCCUCCCCUAUCCUCCUAUCCUCCCCUAUCCUCUCCUUGUCUCCUAUCCUCCCCUAUCCUAUCCUCGCCUCCUAUCCUCCCCUUGCCUCCUAUCCUCCCCUUGUCUCCUAUCCUCUCUUGUUUCCAUAAAAGUAAAUCUAGGGGCCAGUGUUGAAAAUCAGCGUAAGCUAGAAACACUAUAGGGUGAAUCCAUUUGAUUUUAAUCACAUUUUGCAGCACACCUUUCGAUUAGAACGAAACCUUCCAUACGUAUUUGCCCAUUGUAGAAGUGCUCAGAAAGUGACUUUUUGGACCUGAAUGCCAAAACAUUCAUGAGAUAAAGGUGCUCAAAGUUAACCUAUUUUGCAUAACCCAAAGUACAAUGAGACAUCCAUGUUUUAAUCACUGGAAAAUAUAAAUGGUUGAGAUUGAUAUCAUUUAAAAGCUUACAAACAGGGUUUACAAACUAUUUUAUAAUUUCUUUAAAUGUUUUUUUUUAAUAGAAAUGGUCAUUUUCUAACCUUAAACGUCAAUUAUCAAAAAAUGUGUAAACUCAUAUUUUUUUCCAUAUUCGCAUGUGUUGUAGCUUAAAGCCUAUUUUACAUCAUCUCAGGUGUUUGUGUUGCGCCCGCCAUCGGGUGUUUGUGUUGCGCCCGCCAUCGGGUGUUUGUGUUGCGCCCGCCAUCGGGUGUUUGUGUUGCGCCCGCCAUCGGUUGAGACAACAUGCUCUUGAAAACAGAGAGGGUGUCAUGUUUUGGGAAUAACAUUUACAUUUCAACUUUCAAAUGGUACCACAAAGAUGGUUGGAGGUCCACACAUCAGAGAAUGUUGACUUGAAUGGGAUAUCUGUUAUUUUAAAUCACACAGUCAAUCCACCAUAGGAAAACUGUUGAAAUCAUAGAAAUAUGGAUAAUACAAUUGACUUAAUUCAAAUGGAUUUACCCUAUAGUGCAAUGCAUGGGACGAUUGUUUGUUCAAUGUGUCAAUGUUCGUACUUGUCCCUAUCCAAAUAAACUUUAAAUGUCCAAAUAUUAAACUGAUCUGACAGAUCUGAGCAGAUAAAAGCCAGCCUAAUGGUGAGCUUCCACCAUCUUGUUUUCACCUGUCAAGUUAAGUCCUGACAAGGAGUGGAUGGAUUUCUAAGCAGUUGAGAUAGCUCUGUGUACACUGCAUGUGCCUGCCCAGAUAACAGCGCUUUGAGAUUCUUUCUGUAAUGAAAAGCGCUAUAAAAGUUGAAUAGAUUAUUAGUAAUAUUAUAGGACGCAGGAUCCUAAUUGUCUGUGCCCCCUCCUCCCCUUCAAUAGCUGGGUUUCUUCAAGCGUGUACGCCCGCCCCAGGAGGACGCCACGGAGAAGGAACAGCUGGCACCGCAGGAGAACGGUGACAGGAACACUGACGCCUGAGACCUGCAGCACCCCCUAGAGGUCCCCAGGCUUCAAUACAACACCAGGGCCCGUAUCCACAGAGCAUCUCAAGAGUAGAAAUUUGGACAUAAGUGCUGAGAAUAGAGGCAUUUUACUCUGAUGGAUCAAAUUACCAAUCAUAUGAGUCCCACCUAGUCAGCAGAUAUUUAGGAGACCUAAACUCUUAACUGUCCUAACCAGUUAAGAGUUACCUGCAGGUGUCUUAGAAAAAGGUAGCUAGUCAGUGUUUCCUGCACCAUAGACGGGCAAUUGCUUUGGAGUUGGGAGCAAAGAAUGUUUUGAUAUUUCUAUGAUCAACCCAUAAAUAAUCUAGACCUACAUGUCUCUUGCACUUUUGACAAUGAUUUCACAAGAGGCCUCAUUCAAAUGAUACGCCUAAAUAAUUAUAACCACUAGGGCUAAUAAAUAAUCACAUUUUUCAUUUGAAUAUUUCAUCUAACCUACGUCAUGUUAUUUCAAGUUCAUUCCUUUGGAGCGCACUAUCAGAUUGUAAAUAAAAUAAAAAAAGAUCCCUACGGUGGGCAUGCCUAUAAGAUGGCAACUGACAGCAUCUAGGGGGCUAUGUGUUUGCCGAUUAAUGAUAAACCUUUCAAAUGUUUCAGGAAACAUUAUCGGCAAGUGACUUGAUGCCUACACUGUGCCAAAAGCAGUUUAGAAUUGUUGAAUGGAGUGACCUGUGUGUUGAUAUAACAGUAAUAUUCUAUUUGUUAUCAAAAUUCCGCUUUUAACAACCAUCACACUGUAUGAUUGCAAUAUGCACACAUGCAUCACAUUAUCAAAAAUAUUAGAAUUUGUUCAAAAAGGGUUAUGCGUGCCAACAUUAUUAGCCAAUAAUUAAAGAGUAAGUAAAGUGAUCGUCAGGCGAAAAUGAUAUCAAACGUUUUACCCUUGCAACGUUAAAUGUAGAGUUACAUUCACCGUGGUCGUCUGAAGCGUGCUGUAGAGUUCACAUCUGGCGAUGCCUCAUCGCGAUUGGUUAUUCCCCAUCGUUUGCAACAACGUCAAUGUCAUCAUCAGCUUUCCUUUGCAGUACCUCAAACUGUCGUGAUUUACCAGCUGAGAUAACUUUUAUGAGUUGAUUUUACUCGUGGCUCAGAGUUUGUCUGGACAGAGUCUUAACAUCCUAAAACCUACUCUGAGCUAGGAGUUAUUUUUUUUGUCUUACACCAGGUUUUAACAGGAUUCUUAGGACCUUUUUCUGAGAUGCUUUAUGGAUAGGGCCCCUGGUCCUGUAUGUAUUCACACAGCAUCUCAGAAUAAGAGCGGUGAUAUAGGAUCAGCUGUAGUUCUCCUGGGCACCUGGCUGUAUAUAGCUGCAUCUGGACAACACUGCUGUACGAUACGAUAUGGAUGGGAGGAGCAAAAAAAA